AUGAGCGUCUCAGACUCGGCACACCGUCCCUCGGACCCAGAAGCUGUCUCUCUUCCUGUCCAGAAGGACGACCUUGGCCUCCCUUUGCCCGCCCAGAGAAUCUCCUCCUGGCCUCCAUCCCCGGACGAGGAUCGUGGUUUGCCCCCCUUUCCUCUGGAAGAACCUGGCCCCAGGCCCAUGGCCCCAGGGAGCCUGCCCUCUCCAGCCUUGUCCCUAGAGGAAGAAGAGGAGGAGGAAGAGGAUGAGGAUGGAGAAGACGCAGAGGAGCCCGAGGGGCUGUGCAGCGAGGAGCAUCCCAGCCAGUUUUUCGCGGAAGCACAGCGGCUGCGAGAGCAGAGGCUGUUGCUGGACGAAGAGGUGUCAGUCGGGGGGCGAGUAUACGGGGUGCAUCGGGUGAUCUUGGCCGCAAUUAGCAGCCUCUUCAGAGGCAGGCUGCUGGGUGGCAGAGGCCCGCAGCCCCCCCUCAUCCUGGACGUAACCCCUGGGGCCUGGGAGGCCGUGCUGACCUUUGCCUAUGAGGGGGUGCUGGGACCCGCCCCGCGGGGGGAUGUGCUGGUCGCGGCCCAUGCCCUGGGAGCACCCCGGGUGAAGGCCGCGGCCCAGUGGGGACGCAAGGGGGCUGGAAACGGCCGCAAAGAUGAAAAGCAGCCCAGCCACGCAGAAGCACUGAGAGAGAACCUGCGCAGCAUCGAGCUCCUGUACCAAGAAGGCAUCGGGUGUGACCUGGAGCUGGAGGCAGGCGGCUGCCGGCUGCGGGUGCACCGAGCAGCCCUCGCCUGUGGCAGUGAGUUCUUUGGGGCCAUGCUCCUGAGUGGGAUGAGGGAAUCCCAGGGCACAGAGGUGUCUCUGCACACCAUCUCUGCCCAGGACCUGCGACUCCUCGUCUCUUUUGCCUACUCUGGGGUUGUGCGGGCCAGGUGGCCAGGACUGCUGAGAGCUGCCCAGGCUGCUCUGCAGUACCAGAGCUCUUCCUGCCUGGCUCUGUGCCAGAGAGCCUUGGCACGAGGCCUCAACCCUGCCCGUUGCCUGGCCCUGAUCCCCAUGGCUGAAGCCCCUGGGUUGGAGAGGCUCUGGAGCAAAGCACGUCACUACCUCCUCACCCACCUGCCUGCUGUGGCUUUGUGCUCCACUUUCCCUUCUUUACCGGUUGCCUGCCUGGCUGAGCUCCUGGACAGCGAUGAGCUACACUUGCAGGAGGAGUUCGAGGCCUUUGUGGCUGCACGGCGUUGGCUAGCGGCCAACCCUGACACCCAGGAGUCGGAGGCCAAGGCCCUGCUUCGAUGCAUCCGCUUUGGCCGUAUGUCCACCAGGGAGCUGAGGAGGGUGCGGGCGGCCGGGCUGCCUCCACCCUUGAGCCCGGACUUGCUGCAUCAGCUGCUGGUGGAGGCUGAGGUUCCAGGACAAGAGAGGCGGAGGGAGCCUGACCAGGCGCUGGUAGUGAUUGGCGGGGACGGGCUCAGAUCAGACAUGGCCAUGAGACAGCCAUCCCGAGGAGUGUGGUGGGCCCGGGCCUUUCGUUGCGGCAUAGGACUGGUUCGGACUGUGGAGUGGGGGCGGCUGCCUGCCCUGCCUGCCCCUGGGCGCUUCCGGCACGGGGCUGCGAGUCUAGCAGGAAGUGAGCUCUACGUGUGUGGGGGACAGGAUUUCUACGGCCACUUUAACACCCUGGCUUCAACUCUCAGGUGGGACCCUAGUCAAGAGGACUGGGAGGAGAUGGCACCUUUGUGCCAGGCUCGGAGCUUUUUCCCCCUGGUGGCGCUGGAUGGACUGCUUUAUGCCCUGGGUGGACGAGACAAUGGUGUUGCCCUCAGCUCUGUGGAGUCUUAUAGCCCUGAACUCAAUAUCUGGAGGCCAGCACCUGCCCUUCCAGCACCAUGCUUUGCCCACGCAGCUACUGUUUUGGAGGGCCGGCUGUACGUGAGCGGUGGCUGCAGCGGGACUGGCCAGUGCCUGGCCUCGUUGCUGCACUAUGACCCCAAACUUGAGAAGCCAGGGACACUUCUGAGCCCAAUGGGGGUACCUCGGGCUGGCCAUGUGAUGGCUGCUCUGGGUGGGCGGCUGUACGUAGCAGGUGGGCUAGGUGAGACUGGGGACCUGCUGAGCUUUGAGGCCUAUGAACCAAGUACGGACAGCUGGACUCACCUGACCCCCCUGCCCUCCCCCCACGUGGGGGCUGCAGGUGCCGUGCUGCAGGGAGAGCUACUGGUGCUGGGUGGCUACAGUCACCGUACUUAUGCCCCCUCCCACCUGAUCCACGCCUACUGCCCUGACCUGGGCCGAUGGCUGUGCCUGGGAACUCUGCCGAGGCCCCGGGCGGAGAUGCCUGCCUGCAUCCUGACACUGCCCGCUGUGCAGCACGUAGCUUUGGUUCCCGCAUGGUGCCAAGCUAAACCUGCUGGAUGAGGGGAGGGUGAGCAGAGGAAGGGAUGAGAGAGGAUAGAGGUGAUGGGGGCAGGGCGAGAGAGAAGGCUUUAUUUAUGAUAGGAUUCAUUCAUUCUAGCACAGUGCUUUAAAACUCAUAAAUCGCUUUUGUAUAUGUGAUCUGCAUUGGGGAAAAGGUGGUUUGGGAAUUCCUAGGGAAAAAGCACUGGGAAAGGAGAGGCAGCUGAAUACCUAGGUAAGAAGAGGACACCCAGGGGCAACUCUACAAGGUUUAUGGACCCUGGAACUAUUCUUGGUGGGGAAAGUGCAUCUGGCUGGGAAGACAGUCAAGAAGCAUCAGUAGCCCGGGCGUAGGGGCCAUGAGAGGGCUGUCGGGAAAAUGAUGAUUCUGACCAAUGAAUGAAGGAGAAAAAUGUGGAAGGGCCAUCUGUGAAAGAGUUGAGGCGUGUGGGGGAAGGACUGUAAUUGCUGCUUCUCUUAACUCUCCAGUCCCUGGGACACCCAAACCCUCCUGACAAUGUUCUUUCUCAGGUAACUUGUAGACCGAGUCUAGCGUUUCCUCAGCUGCACACCGCAGGCUGCCCCAAGAGCCUCUUGGUUUUCAGUCUGAGGAAGAAGUUCCCGUCUGGACCCGACACAGCCCAGGGGCCCCAGGGGCCAGGCCGACGAGGCGGGAGUGCUGCAGGUGGGGAAGAUGAGGAGGCGAAGGAGGGCGGCGCCCAUGGUGGCAAAGGGAUAAAACAGGAUUUGAUGGCACGGGGUGGGAGAAGUCAGGAGUCUGAGUGGCUUCUGUCCUUCCCUUUGGGGUGGGUCGAGGGCUCAGGAGGGAAAACAGUACAGUUGUGGUGUGAGGUCCUAAGUUGUGAGAGGAAGGAGCGAGAGAAGAGUGAGAGGCAGAGAAGACCCAGAAAACUGGUUUCUUCCUCUGUCCCUCCAGAGGUUUUUGAAUCCAUUUCCCUUUUUCUUGGCCAGGGAAAGUUGAGUCAGAUGUUUCCUCUCUCUUUUCCUCCACCCUGCUUUUCCUUCCCCUUUUCUCCUCUCUUCUCCUGUCUCCGUCACAGUUAUUUAUUAUCUACUGUGUGCCAGGUACAAUGUGAGCCACUAAGGAUUCCAAGGUCAGGGAGCUCCUGACCAGCACACAGACGUGUAAGCAAAUACAAUUUUACGGUGGACUUAGAGGUAUGGACACUUGCCUCACAGCUCUGACGGGAGCCACGUACAUCACAUGCCUCGUAGUUGUGAGUCCUGAAGGUAUGAGAGUCCUGAGGAUGGAGGAGGGAACUCUGCCCACGGAAGGCUUCUAUUAGGAAGGCAUCAUCAGAUGGGUGUAGAUUGAACUGGAUCUUGAAGGCUUCCUGGGAGCUCACCGGUCAGAGAAGGAGGGAGGCAUUCCAGGCAGAGGAGAGAAGCAAGUCGGGCAUGGGGUGCCCUGUGUCUCCCUAGCAAAGGGGAAGUCAGUAUUCCAGGGAUUCUUCAGAGAAUUCUGCGGCUGUUCCAGCCUACUCUUUUCCCUGGAGCCUUCCUGAAGACAAUGGCUUUCACUUAACAAUUGUAUGUUCUCUUCCUCUACAACUCCCCUACCUCUUUCCUGUCUGAUGUUUCCACUUCUGACCCCUGAGCAGCUUAGGGCAGAGAAGGGCCACUUCUUCGUAUAGGUCAAUUUUCUCUUACCCUUGCUUAUUAAGAUUCUUACGCUGCUAAGGGUGAGAUGAGGGAGGCUCCCUUGCAUUUUUCUUCAUCCUGGCCAAGAGCAACUUAACGUGUUUUUGUUCAUUGUUUGGAGAUUUCAAUAUUUUGUUAAGUUUUUUUGUAUAUCUGUUUAGGAACAUAGUUGAAAAUGAGGAGGGGUAAGUAGGAUAUAUAAGAGAACAGAGAAGAAAGAUUGAAGAAGACAGGGAAGAAGGAAAUUGGAAGCACUGAGAAACUAUGAGGAUUGAGUCUUUAGGGUGAAGUUCUGAGAACACAUUCUUGGUGAUUUGUAUGCAAAGACAGGCUUAAAUAAAGGUUUCCCCAUGA